UUUGUACGAUCUAAAAUUGGUUUUAAAAGUUUCGCAUGGACUCGGGCAGGGAAUUCAUUUUCGUGGCCAGGCUUUACUAAGGAACCAGUUCCACUGAGACAAAUAUAUUAUUUUCUACAGGAAGCAUUACUUCAAUUAGUCAAUCGUGAACCUUUCCAUUGCCAUUUUAGGAAGAUGCACCAAUACCAUGGAAGUCAAUCCUAACGUCCGUACCCGUGUGGGGAAUAAUGUUUGGUAACCUGGCCUCGGACUGGGGCCUUUACACCAUUCUCAUCUGUCUUCCAAUGUUUCUUCUUGAUAUUCUGCACUUCGAUAUACAGACAAUGGGAUUUCUUGCGGCCACACCUUUCUUAGUGAAGUCUCUCUCGGGUCCCUUUGGUGGCAUCACGGCCGAUCUUUUACGAAGAAGAGGACUAAGUACCAAAUCAGUUAGAAGAUUAUACUUCGCUGUCGGCGCAAUGGGAGCUGGGACAUUUAUCCUCGCUGCAGGUUACGCCAGGACUGCAACAGUAGCGGUCACUUGCAUGUGUAUCGGAGUAGCAGCCUCAGGACUGAUGCAUUCCGGGUAUAAUGUUAAUAUGUUGGAUAUUGCGCCGCGAUACGCGUGCGUAAUUAUGGGUCUGACUAACACUGUGGGAACAAUAACUGGAUUUCUUAGUCCUAUGAUGGUUGGAUAUAUCACUGUUAAUAAGGAAGCUGAAGAGUGGCGCACGGUAUUCUGGGUAACAUUUGUUAUCUAUGUGGUGGGAAUGCUUCUCUUUUGCUUGCUGAUGUCCGCUGAACAACAGCCUUGGGCAAACGGUGGCUCAAGUAAAAACAACGGCGAGAGAGAAGAAAUGACCAUGGAAGAACAAAGUUGACAAUAAUGAAAUUCACCAAGCUUUUCUAGUGACGUAUACAACAACUUGUACUGUGAUUCAAAAAAGAUAACAUUCGUUCAGAAGAGAACCAUCCAAGGACUUAUUUACUUGGUGUACAUAAUUUUAAUGAAAUAAUAUGGAAAACAAUGCGAACGGAUAGGACACGAUUUAUAACCAAGUAGUCAAAAAUAAAUUUAAUGUUAAAUUAUACAUAAAACAUGUCCUUAUGGAUCAGACAGGAAGAAUUCAACGAAUCAAAGUCUCUCCUUUACAUUUUACAGUCGGAACAUCUCAAAACUGGAGCCUCCUGGGGUGGAAAUGUGUGUCAGAUAUUUAUUUAUGAGAAGUUUGAAGCCAGGCUACAACUGAGAGUUUGCUAAGGAGAGGUGUCAACUGUACUUUACUUACAAAUUAAAAAUAAAACUUUUAGUACAAACACGAUGAGUAUCCACCUGACACACCAUCAGUGACUGACACUCGUACCAGCCCGAAAUAAGCUCUCUUGAUGAGAAAGGCACGUUAUUAGAGCAAAUGUCGACAGCAAUCUGUCGGGCUUUACAACUAUUAAAAGCCAAAUUAAACGGAGUACUUCCGUGAGUGUUUGCUCUCGGUGAAGAAUCAAUCGGGAACCAGCAUGAAAUAUCAGUAGCCAGAACCAAUAAAAAGUCACUGCUCGACACUACGGUUUUCUUGUUUCCCCGCUAUAACCUUUUUAAAUAUCACCAGAACUCAUGCUCACCAGCUUGUAUAUGUAUUUAAACGAAUUACAAAAUACUCCCUUAUUUGGGCGUGGAAUCCUCCGUAGGAGAAAAAUAUGACGGCUGUACAUCUUACCAUAAUACCAUGCGAACCUAACACAGCCCAUUAGGCACAAGGAAAACCAUAUUUCGUAAUACCUGUCCCUAUACUAACUACAUCGUUUACCCUCAAUUUGACGAUGUUAGAACUUUUCUAUACGUUUUUAUGAUCGUUGUGAAGGUUUUCAUGAGGAUAAAUGUACCAGUCGCCAUCUGUUUUUCUUACAGAAGAAUGGAAUUGAGUUACACAUUUGUCCCCAAGCCCCUCACUUCCAAAUAUGCAGUAUGACGUCUGAAAGCAACAUGAAUCGGGUGAAACAAGUGAGAAAGUGAACAACUAAACCGAACUAUCUAUUUUGGUCCAAUUUGUGUCCAAGUAAAGUCUUGAAAAUGGAAAAGACAAAGCAAUCCUUCAAAGCCGAACAGGAUGUUCGAAAGGUGAGAUUAGUUUACAGUUAUCGAUCGAGUCGCCUGGCAAGAAUGCGUAAAAUUUUACUUUUUUUGCAUUGAUUAAUGGGUAAUCAUAUGCCAGUGUGCUCGUGACAUUAGGAAAUAAUUCCACUUACGGU